AUGGAGGACCGUGGGGAAGAUGGCAAAAUAAGCCUGCGGUUCGUCACAACCAAUCGUGGCAAAGUGGACUUCCUGCGGGUCGUGCUGGAAAGUGCAGCGGCGGAUAGCAUCCUGCAGUCGGUGGAGAUGUGCGACAUGGAGCUGCCAGAGCUCCAAGCGGACUCCGUGGCCAAGAUAUGUGCAGCAAAAACUGAGGAAGCUUUCCGUCUGCUUGGUGGGAAUGUGGUGGUGCAGGACAGUGGCUUCGUGAUCGAAGCUUUGAAUGGCUUCCCAGGGCCGUACACAAAGUAUGUUCUCUCAACUAUUGGCGUGGACGGACUUCUGAAACUUAUGGAUGGGCAGCUGAACCGCCGAUGUGGCUUUGCCGCUUGCGUUGGCUUCGCAGAUGCUCGAGGCAAAGUCCACAUUUUCGAAGAGCCGAUGCAGUACUUCGGCAGUUUGCGGGAAUCUGGCCAGCUCUUCGAAGUUUUCAUACCAGACGAUGCGGUGGACUGCGACGGUCUGACUUUGGGGGAGAUGUCCGAGAAGCAGCUGACCAUGUAUCGGCAACAACGUCACUCGGCCUUCAAGGUCUUUGCAAACUGGCUGCUGAAGGAGUAUGGGCAGAAAUCGACGUCUGUCGUGACACACGGCUAA